AUGAGCAUCCCGGUGGUGGACUUUGGCGCGUGCAGCCUGAGCGAGGAAGAGGUGGGCGACGAGCAGAUGAUGCACGCGCUGGGCAAGCAGCUGGAAUCCGCUUUCACUGGAGUUGGAUUCCUGUGUCUGAAGAACACUGGGAUCACCCAGGAGGAGGUGAAUGCUGUCAUGGCCGUCUCCAAGACCUUCUUCCUGCAGCCAGAGGAGGAGAAGAAACCCUUCAGCAGGAAAAGCUUCGCCGACAAUCCCAACCACGGCUGGGUGCAUCUGGAGCUCGAGAGGUUGAAUUCCGCUCGCCCUGGAGACCUGAAGGAGGCGUUCAACGUCACUUUAAUCAGUCCUGACAUUGUAAAGUUUGGACUGUUCAGUUUUUGACAAAGCAUUUGAGAUUAAGCUCACUUAUGGUCUGGAGUAGGGCUGCAACAAGAAUCGCUAAGAAUCGAUUAUUAAAAUAGGUUGCAGCGAAUUUCAUUAUCGAUUCGUUGUGUUGCGCGAUUAUUACGCCGAUAAGUCGCGGAGAUGUUUGAGGAUUGAAAAAGUUGAGUUGAGCGCCGGGCGGAGCAACAACACCGAGCUAUGUCCAGACGUUUGUGGGAUGUCAACAACUGUAAAGCAUAGUGGUUGAUUCUAGUGGUUGAUGCUCGUUUCCCAUACCAGAGACGCAUGAUGAUUUUUUUUUCAGUCUGGCCAUGCAAGUCCUAGACUAGCCCCUGUCAAAUUUCCUGACUUUUAUUUCUGUGAAGAUCCCGGAAAGGGUUAUUAAUAUUUGGUUAUAUAUCCUGUCUGAAUAACGGCUCUGGUUGGUUGAGUGUUGGCAGAGAUGGAAUACUUCUGUGGAAUUGAUUCUUCUUGCUGUGGUGUGUACGGUGUGGCUUGAGGAUUUAGUGCAGUUCCUUUUUCAAAAUAGGAUUCCAUUCCAUCUGAAUGUGCUUUUGAAACACAAUCACUUUUUGCGGCAUUCAACACUGCUAGCUUUGCCAUAGUUGCUGCUAUUUCAGUGUCAAAUUCAAGUUUCUCCCUUUCCCUCCUUAAUUGCUCCCCUUACUCUUCCAGAGCAUGUUUCUUUUGUAGAGCUGCAGCACGCGCCACAAGCGCAGCCUUUUCUGCCUCUGCUAAAAGGCACAUGCUCGACACUGAAGACCUGCUGCUACCUAUUGCAACAUUACUAGUUCGCCCUGAGCGUUUGCUGAAAGUAUUGGAUCCAACAUUUGAAAUGCUGUCCUGCGGCUUAACAUCCACCCCAUCAUGAUCACCUUCAGUUGUAGGGUCCUUUCCAUUAAGGAGCCACUCAUUUACAUCACUAAUAAAUACAUUGAUUUUGAGCAUU